GGAAUACCAUGGAACUGUUAGUAUCACUAUAACAAAACCAAAAUCCCGGUGGUUACUUUUCGCAUCUUUUCGUUUUGAGCUCACCGUGGCUCUUCUCCAUUGUCGUUUUGCUUCUCCCUUCUUCCUUCCCAUUCAAACCCUAAUCUGUCCCUCGGAUCCCAAAAUUGCCCCAAAUUGAGAACACGCCAUGGCGGCAACGUUCGAUUUGGUUCGUUCCCUCGCACUUCUCACUCUUGCAUUUGUGUGUAGCGUCGCGAAUUCGAUGCGGUUCGAGCUUCAAUCGGGUAACACCAAGUGCAUUUCAGAAGACAUUAAGACCAACGCGAUGAGUGUGGGAAAGUACAGUGUUGUUAAUCCCCGAGAAGGGUACCCACUUCCCGAUUCCCACAGGAUCGUUGUCAAGGUGACGUCGCCUCAUGCGAACAUGUAUCACUUUGGAGAUCAUGUGGAUUCUGGUAAUUUUGCAUUUACGGCAUCUGAGUCUGGUGACUACUCAGCUUGCUUUUGGGUUCAGGAUACCAGAGAUACCCCGUCGGUGGUGACUAUUGAAUUUGAGUGGAGAACUGGGGUUGCUGCCAAAGACUGGUCCAAGGUUGCCAAGAAAGGGCAGAUUGAAGUAAUGGAAUUUGAGUUGAAGAAGCUAUAUGAUACUAUCCUAUCCAUCCAUGACGAGAUGUUUUAUCUUCGAGAAAGGGAGGAAGAGAUGCAAGAUCUUAACAAAGCAACAAACAGCAAGAUGUUUACCUUCAGUUUCCUUUCGAUUGUGGUUUGCUUGUCUGUGGCUGGUUUGCAACUAUGGCAUUUGAAGACAUUCUUUGAGAGGAAGAAGCUCCUCUAAGUUCAUCACACGAAUUUUGUUCAUUUUUGCUUCAGAAUUUUUUUUAUUUUCUGUUCCUGGUUGUUCCUUAUGUAUCCAAAUGUAUGAUUAGUUCAUCUUUCACUUUUACAUUUUAUGGCAACUAGAAAUUGCUGCUGAUCGCAAGUCAUGUUAAAUGUAUGUUACAAUUAUGAACCGGUAUUAACUUUAGAAACUAUAGUUAAAUUUCUUAACAGGCCCUUAAAUUUGUGAUUUGAAAGUUAUCUUUUUUCA